AUGGUGGAUUCACCUCUUAACAUACCUGUUUAUGAAGGUUCAAUGUUAUCGAUUCGAAGUCCUACACCAACGUCGAUAUUACGUACAAUAAAAUCGGCUGGAAAAAGAACGAUCGAAGGUGAAAUAAAAUGGAAAUCUGGUUCAUUAGAUCGAAAAUAUGAGUGUCCAUCGUGCAACGGUUAUUUAAGAUUUCCCAUUCAGUUUGAAGACUGUGGACAUUUUGUUUGUUCAAGCUGUUUACCAGAUAUAUUACGCGUUGCACCGCGCUGUCCAAAAUGUCAGCAACCGGUUUCACGUGAUAAAAUUAUUCAAGAGAAGAGCUUUCAGAAAGAUAUUCAAAAUUUAGAGAUAUAUUGUUCAAAUAAAGACAAAGGUUGUGAAUGGGAAGGAAUAUUGAGAGAUAAUAUGCCGCAUCUAGAAACAUGUGGUUUUGUUCCAAUCGAGUGUCCAAAUGGCUGUGGUAUCAAAUUUGAAAAACGAUUUUUUGAAAAACACAACAAAGAAGAUUGUCCUAAACGAACCGUUGCAUGUGAAUUUUGUAAGAGCUAAGAGAAAAAAAAUCUCUGAUAAUAGUGUAAUCUAAAGGAUGAUGUAU